GUGAUGCGAUCAACGUUCACUUCCGACUUGGGGACCAUCGCUAUCGCGUGUAUUGUCAGCACUCGCUGCAUCGUUGAUAAAGCGCAUUCUGGGUAAAAUAACGUGUAAUCGUGUCCUCUUAUUUCUCCCGUCAUUAGACGACAUUGUGCAUACAUACAUACGACGUUAUGAGAGCAAUGAGAAAAAAGUGAACGAAGCGACCGAACAAUGUGGUGAACGAGUCGCGGAUCAGUAUCGGUGCGAUUUGCAAUUUUUGCACAUCCAGCUUCUCUUCUUUUCUUUUCACGAUCGACCCGUGUUAAUCGGAGCUCGCGAGCGUAAUCCGUUUUCCAAUUUUCGUAGUGGGAUCGAAAAACGAGUGAUUCACUCGUGCAUUUUGCGUGUAAUAUCCGCAUAUCCUAAUUCGCUGCUAUACUCCUGUACAUAUUUACGCAGAAAUCUCGAAGUUUCUACAUUUAGCCUGCGACGCGGCACGCCGACGACGAUGAUCGACUUAACAGUCAAGACCUUGGAUUCGCAGAAUCAUGUCUUCUCCCUCGAAGACGAUCAAAUCACAGUCCGUGGCUUUAAAGAACAUAUAGCAGAAUCUGUUGCGGUACCAGCCGAUUCGCAGAGAUUGAUUUAUUGCGGACGAGUGCUUCAAGAUGACAAGAAAUUAAAUGAUUAUGAUGUCAAUGGAAAAGUCAUACACUUGGUGCAACGCGCGCCACCCCAAUCGGGUCAACACGGAAACGAUGGUGGGCAGACACAGGGACAAAACAGAUGGCAGAAUUCGCCGAGAUCGCAUUACCGUGUCACACGCACUCAGAUGCAUGGAAAUGCAAUGUAUCUUGGUGCUAUGUCAGUACCAGCCGAAAUUGUAGAGGGACAUGGAAUACCACAAUUGAGCAACAGCUUAUCAGGCAGUCGUUUGAAUCAUGCAGGCCGCAUGCUCGAUCGCAUAAAUGAGUUGAUUGAUCGAUUAGAUGAUCCCAAUGCUCCUCUACAUCCUACUCCAUCGGAACUUAAUCAAUCGAUGGCACAGCAACAGCAACAAUCGCAAGAAGCAGAAGUGGAGCAAAAUGAGAACAACGAUGCCUCGAGAGACGAUAGUGGUACUAGACUCGCAGAAGCAGCUGCAGCCGCCAUUACGGCUGCGUUAUCUGCCGCUGGUGCGCGCGCGGUUACAUUAUUCAGAGGAAGCAAUUAUAAUGGUGGAAGUACGAGAUCUACAAGCGAUGCAAAUGAAAAUCAAAGUGAUGCCCAACCACAAUCGCGGUCACAACCGAAUCCACAGACACAAACGCAGCAGCAGCAACAACAAGCCCAAGCAACUGCAGACACAGGAGCCGCAUCAAGCAACGCUGGACAAAACAGGCGUACUCAGCAGCAAGAUCUUCCGCGACCUCCACAAAUGGCAGAAUUAUUGCAAAGACUGAAUAACACUCAAGAACGUUUAAGACCGUAUUUGGAACGUUAUUGCAUGCUUACACUUCUCGAUCCUUUAUUGCCGCCUGGGCCCGGGCCGAACACUGUGGAAGACAAUCAGAGAAUAGUGGACGGAGUCAGCGAAAUAUUACAUCUUAUGUCUCACAGUUGUCACGCUCUAAGCGACAUUAUCAUCGACAUGAGUCAACCACCACCCAGAAAUUUGCGCUGCCGACCGAUAAUAGUACAACAUUCGGCCAUCUUACAGCCUGGUAUACCAAUCCAAGUAGAAGCUCACAUCAGUUUGAACGGUCGUAGUGCUAAUAAUAAUAAUAGUAACGAUGAGUCCACCGAGUCCGGUAGUCAGCAGACACAAUCAGACAGCGCAGAAUCAGCGACGUCAUCGCUCAUUAAUGCGGAGGAAGGCAAUCAGGACCGAGAAUCUGACAAUACGCAGUCGCAAGGAGAACGGUCACAACAAGAACAAGGCCAAUCGCCUUUUGAUACGGUAUUCAAUUUACCGAAUAAUGUUGAAGUACUGAUGGAGGUUAGUUCCGAGAGUAAUAUAGAUGGUGGAUCUGGCAGUGAACAGAACGCGGCAGGCAAUGAAAACAACAACAAUGGAAACACUCGCAGGACAAAUGUAUUUCCGUUCGGCACAGGUCCGCCGCCAUAUUUUAUGCGAAACUUUAUGCAAGCUGUUGCCGGACAUAUGGUGCAUGGUGGCAUCACUACCACGACUAUAAGUUCGAGAAAUCCACCCGUUACUACUGUUGGAACGCAACAGAAUGUCUCUACUUCGAUGGAUAGCGGAAAUACGAAUACCGGUCAAAGCACUCAAGCACGGAGCAACACUGGUACUCAUCCUACCACUGCCACGCAGACUCGAAGUACGUCGCGGCCGCAUGUGUUUCAUCAUCAUGCGCAUCCCGUUGGUCUCGGUAUGAGCAUCGGACUAGGUCUCGAUUUUGAUCCCUAUCUUCCGUGUAAUUCUCAUCAUGUAUACCGCACUCCAACGAGCACCGCGUCCAGUACUACAAAUGGCGUCACAACCUCUUCGCAAACGACGCGCACAGCAUCGACAGCCACGGCGGACGCUCAGAAUCAAACGAAUCAAACUGCGACGACUUCGACUACAACUACCAGUGCCCCUCCAACAAACGCAUCGACGACGAAUGCCGAGACGGCUAACAAUCCUUUCGUAAACUUAUUGCAACAGAUAUUAAGUCAGUCGGCAGUCGGUCAAUCACAACCCAACAUCAGCAUCAAUAGUAACGCUCCAAAUUUGGUAGAAAAUCUCGGUAACAUAAUGCAGAUGCUCGGUAGCAAUAUACAUGUGGGAUUCGUGAGCGAUAGUUCGAACGGAAGUGCUCUUACUUUAGCCGACUUAUUCGAGGGUGGAGGUCUAUCUAUGGAUCUUUUCACGUCACAUGAAUCCGGCAGAGAAGAAAACUUCCUCAUCGAUCUCUUCGUAUUGCUGGCACAAACUAUGACUCUGGAUGGGUUGAUCAGGCUACGUCUUGGUCAAUGGGAACCUAUUGCUCGUCUUCGAAGACCGCUGCAAGAGUUCCUACAAUACACAUUUUCGGACGCCUCGUCACCGGACGUUCUUCAAGAACAAACGAUCGAGCGUCUACUUUCUCAACUACGACCUCAGAUUCGAAAUCUUUUGGCGCCCGAGGAAGAUGCUAGCGGCAGGAGCGGCUCUCGCGUUGAUAUAUGCGCGACUAUUGAAUCGUUAAUAGCUCGCCAUGCGAGAGAUAUACUUAGGAACUUAUUCGACAACGAAGUCGAUGAUGCAAGGUUCGGACAGGAGAUACUGAACAUCUUAAUUGAUCUGUGCAAUCAAUUCUGCACGGUGCUGCGAUAUUCGCUGCGCGGCGGUCAAGCUGGAUUGGAGGCAAUUGCGACGCGUUUUGUGGGCGAUUUGAUGGAUGGUGGCAAUCGCGCUCUUCUUCAGUGGAUACUGAAUGGAUUUAUCACCCAUCUUCGUACCUAUUUUCUACGCGUGCCGCAACCGCCGGAUUCAGAGAUCAUACCGCUUUUGGUGUACAAGGAUGCAUCAUCCCAGCAGUCUUCAGUAUCAUCGGCUUCAACGCGCCAAUCCACUCAAGCACAAUCCGAAGAUGAGCCAAUGGAAACGGAAACUCUGGAGCAACAACAACCGACUCUCGAAAGCUCAACACCUGAGGAUCGAGAAGAAGUUCCAGAAACAUUCCCUGGACACGAAGCUUUACCUUCGGACUGGGUACCAAUUAUUGCUCGAGAUGGUGUGAGACAACGUCGGCAAUUACAAGGUGCAACGCCAAACGGAGGCGUAACAACGUUUAGCGACGCAUACCUGGGCGGAUUGCCGAGCAAGCGUCGCAAGCUUAUUGAACAACAAAAACCGCGAUUAUUAGUUAGUCCGACGCCAAAUCAUCACUCGACGAUAGCGGCGUCCAUGGAACGAUUGGUCAGAGAGGGAGUCGGCCGCGCUGGCGUCGAGGAAGUCGAGGGCGCCGCCGUGGCUGUAGCGGCGGAUCCUGCGGUACGACGCGCGUUCGGUCAAGCGAUCAGGGAUUGUUUAAACCCGUGCCGAUAUGGUACGCCCGACUUUCCGGAUCCGUUGCGCUUCCCGAACGCGACCAAAUAUUUCACGGAGCAAGAACGUCCGCCGAAAUAAUAGCUAACAGAAAAAUAUAGCAUCGUACUUUGAUUUACGGAUUACCGGAUUGAAGGAGAUAUAUUAGUCUAAAAUUCGACAACGAAUAGGCGGCUGUCGUCUUGAGAGAAUCGACACACAAGAUUCGUCUUCGUGAACAUUCUAGUUGUAAUUACUAUUCUAAAAAAAUAGUAAAAAGGGAAUUAUAUAUUGCGAUUCUCUCCCGAAUAAAUAUCUCCGACGAAUCUAAAAUGGCUGAUCAGUACGGUGCACACAGACGUCGUACCUAUUUAUCUACCUACCUAUCUACAUAUUAUCCAUAUGCCCAUAUCAAUGUCUCUGCUUUAAUAGAAUUAUAAUCAUUACUCUUCGGCUUAAGUUUGUAAUUGAUAAAUAAAGUAACAUAUUUAUAGGGUGUUCUCCUUAAAUCAAACUCUUCGUCAAAUCUUUGCGAAGGAAAAGCCAACAUUGAUUCCAUAAAGGAAUACAGACAUCCUGUAUAUACAUAAAUGUAAAAAUUGUUAACUAUACAUCUUUAUUUAUGAGUUUACAUAUGCUAGUUAAUUUUCUGUUGUCUUUUCCAUUUGCAAAUUUCGAUUAUUCCUUUUCGUUAAAUUAGCCAUUCCGAAUUUCAAAAUAGUAAACUUGGUGAACCCGAAGCAGUUGUAAUAAGGAGAAUAGGUCGAUUUCGUUACAGAUUUUUGAUGAUCACAAUGAUGAAAAAUAUGACAAUGCAAUACUUUGUUAAAACUGAUGCAUUGCAAAUCAUAAUAAUCUUAUCAGAUGUUUCGUGUAAAUUUUCAAUAUAUGAUGCGAUGAAUAGAGGACAUUUUCGGAUCCGGAGUCUUUUUAUGACGCGCAUAUUAUACGUUUAUUUUGCACGAUGAAAAUAACAAGCAAAUUGAUGUGUACAAUGCGUGAUUAUGGUAACAUAUAUCAAAUAAGUUUAACCAUUCUAAUAAUCAAACAGUUGUACGAAGAAAAAAAGAAAAUAAUAAAAUUGUGUAUCCCUUUUC